AUGGCAGGAAAAGGUGUUGUUAGAAGCAUUAAAAAUUAUGCUAAAGGCUUUUCAGACGUACAAAUUAAAGUAAGAGAGGCUACAUCCAACGAUACCUGGGGUCCCAGCGGCUCCUUGAUGAACGAAAUCGCCCAAUUGACAUUCAACGAACAAGAUUUUAUCGAAAUUAUGGAUAUGCUCGACAGAAGAUUGAAUGACAAGGGCAAAAACUGGCGUCAUGUAUUCAAGGCUUUACUUGUACUGGAUUACUGUCUACACGUUGGAUCCGAGAAUGUGGUGCUUUAUGCUAAGGAAAACAUUUACGUCGUAAAGACUUUAAAGGAGUUUCAACAUGUCGACGACGCUGGGAAAGAUGUUGGUUUUAAUGUUCGUCAAAAGGCCAAAGACAUCACAAGCUUAUUGUUGGAUGAUCAAAGAUUGAAAGAAGAGCGUCGUUCCCGUCAUCAAAUGCAAGAUAGAAUGGCAGGUGUUGGUGAUUACAUGAAUGAUGUCAUGUGGGGAGGCAAAGCAAAUGGAUCGGGAGGAGAAGAUCAUCAAGUAUAUCAGCAUCCUGGCUACGUGGACGAGGAUAAGGAUUUGAAAAGGGCCAUCGAGGAGAGUAAGCGCAUGGCCGAGCAAGAAUUCAGAAAACGAGGAGAAGGUACUGAUGAGGAUUUGCAAAGAGCUCUUCGUGAGAGCGAGCAAGAGGCAAGAGAGGCAGAAAGAAAGAAGAGGGAAGCACUGGAUCGAGAAACGCAAAACAAUUUGUUUGGUAAUGCUAGCAGCAGCAACAACAACAACAACAACAGCAACAGUAAUUUCCAAACCUUUCAACCAUUCCCAGCUAAUCAGAGUUUCGAUUCAUUAUUGAAUCCUUAUGGCCAGCAACAACAGCAGCAGCAAUUACAGCAGCAGCAGCAAUGGCCACAAUCAACUGGCUUGACUGGGAUGUCAUUCGCAGAGCCAAUUCAGCAGCAGCAACAGCAAAAUAACGGAUUCAGUAAUCCUUACCAACAAGGCAAUAACUUUAAUCAAUUUAACCUUCAAGCACAAAUGACAGGUGCGCCUUCUUUGCAAGCACAGAUGACAGGCAUGCCUCAGCAGCAACAACAACAGCCCAUCUUCCAUACUCAGCAAGCACAAAUGACGGGUAAUCCAUUUGGACAACAACAACAACAACAACAAGCAAAUUCUGCAGGCAUGUUCGGAACACCAAGUCAGAUUAUGCACACAGCAUUACCCGCAAUGAGUCAAUCCACACCCACAUCUACAGCGCCUCAGAAUCCACAUUAUAGUAAAUUGAAUAGCAUGUUGGCCAAUCGAGAAGGUGGAUCUGAUAGUUUUGGUAAUGUGGGUGACCACCGUAUUCCAUAUGGUACAGGAUUUGCAAACUCAUUGGUGCCACAAAACCAAGAUAUUUUGAGUAUAACCGAUAGUCCAACCAACAGCCAGAAUGGAGCAUUCUCUCAACCAUUUGGACAGCAACCGAGUCGCAAUCCAUUUGGACAAGCCACUUCUUCUGCCAGCACGCCUACCACACCUCGCUCAGGACAGAAAAGCUUAUUAGAGAUGAUGCAAGAACAAAAAUUGCAACAACAACAACAACAACAACAACAACAACAAUUGCAGGCUCAAAUGACUGGAUAUCAACAACCUCAAAUGACUGGAUUCCAACAGCCACAAAUGACUGGAUAUCAGCCAGCACAAAAUGUGGGUUAUCAACAAGCACAGAUGACAGGUUAUCAGCAACAGCAACAGCAGCAACCAAGCAAUUUCCAACAAGCGUAUGGCCAACCACAACAGCAGCAGUCAUCUUUCUUUUGA